UGUAUUGUAUAAUUUGUGUAAAUUUGUCAUCAACGUACAGAAAAUUGUAGAUAUAAUAAUUUUCAAAUCAUUCCACUUAUAAUUUAAUUUGACAAACUGGCAUCUAGAAGACUUCUAUUGAUUGGCUUCCAUAACUUCUCACCUCCUGCCGGAUACCGUAACAACUUUAAUAGUAUAACACACAAACAGAAACGCCUCCAUUCCGGAAUGACGACCACGCAGUGCGCCCCGCGGCAGCCCCCCGGACGCACCUCAUCCCCCCAAACUCCAACCAUCAGCCCCGGCGUACUCAAGCGCUAUGAGGACAUUGUGAAAUCGCAAGAAGACAAAAGAGUUUACAGGGGCUUAGUGUUAUCAAAUCGGCUGAAGGUCCUGCUGGUCAGUGACCCCACUACUGAUAAAUCUGCGGCAGCUAUAGAUGUUAACGUGGGUUAUCUAAGUGAUCCGGAUGAAUUACCUGGUCUGGCGCACUUCUGUGAACACAUGCUGUUCUUAGGAACAAAAAAAUAUCCCGAGGAAAAUGAGUACAACAAGUUCCUCUCAGAACACGGAGGCUCCUCAAAUGCAUCUACGUCAUCAGACCACACCACAUACUACUUCGACGUGCUGCCAGAACAUUUAUCCGGAGCCCUAGAUAUUUUCGCGCAAUUCUUCAUCUCGCCGCUAUUCACUGAGUCAGCCACGGGGCGGGAGUUGAGUGCAGUCAAUUCUGAACACGAGAAGAACAUGUCUUUAGACGGCUGGAGGCUGGACCAGUUGAAUAAGAGUACAGCAGCACCCGAGCAUCCUUACCAUAAGUUCGGAACUGGCAACAGAGAUACCCUGGAGACGAUACCGAAGUCGAAAGGCAUCGACGUACGGAAGGAGCUGCUGAAAUUCCACCAGCAAUGGUAUUCUUCGAACAUCACCACUCUAGUCGUUAUGGGCAAAGAGUCCUUAGACGAAUUAGAAGCAAUAGUGGUGCCUCUAUUCUCCGCGGUGGAGGACAAGUCUGUAGAGUCGCCGCGGUGGGAGGAGCAUCCAUAUCCGGAGAGGCUGCGGCGCAAGCGAGCGUACUGCCUCCCAGUCAAAGAUCUAAGAUCUCUGUCCAUAGACUUCCCCAUACCGGAUAUGAAGAAGCAUUACAAAAGUGCCCCUGGCCACUACUUGUCCCACCUGCUCGGACAUGAAGGACCUGGGAGCCUGCUGUCUGCUCUCAAAGCCAGAGGAUGGUGUAAUAGUUUAGUCGGUGGAUCCCGGAUCGGCGCUCGCGGGUUCGGUUUCUUUGGAGUGCAAGUAGAUCUUACAGAAGAAGGAGUGAACCAUAUAGAUGAUAUUAUCUACCUAGUGUUCCAAUACAUCAGCAUGCUGAGGAGCGAGGGCGCUCAGCGUUGGGUGUGGGAGGAACAGCGGGACCUGAUGGCCAUGGAGUUCAGGUUCAAGGAUACACAGGAACCCAGGAGUCUGGUCACGGGCCACGUGCAUUUGUUGCAGGAAUACCCUAUGGAGGAUGUACUAAGCGCAUACUACUUGAUCUCGGAAUGGAAGCCGGAACUCAUUGACGAGAUGCUGUCACUACUAACGCCUGAGAACGUGCGAAUAGCAGUUGUAGCAAAAUGUUUUGGAGAGAAGUGCACCCAAACGGAGCCGUGGUACGGAACCAAGUAUCUGCAGGAGGAUAUCGAGGAAGCCAAAAUAAAGGAAUGGAAAUCAGUGACGUCAUGUCCGGAGCUGUGUCUACCGCCCGUCAACGAGUUCAUCCCGGCGCGGCUGCAGUUGGAGACCAGCGACGACCCCACCAUAGACGCCAUCGCGCCCGCCAUCAUCAAGGACACACCCCUAAUGAGGCUAUGGUUCAAGAGGGACAACGAAUUCCUUCUGCCUAAGGCGGUUAUCACAUUUGAUAUAGUCAGUCCACUGGCGUACGCGGACCCGCUGAACUGUAACCUGACGUCGGUGUGGGUGCUGGUGCUGCGCGACAGCCUGCAGCAGUUCGCGUACGCAGCAGAGCUGGCCGGACUGAGGUGGACCGUCGGCAACGCCAAGUACGGACUCACUGUAACAAUAGACGGAUAUGAUGACAAACAACACGUGUUACUGGACAAGAUAAUUGAACAUAUGGUGAACUUCAAGGCGGACCCUAAAAGGUUCGAAAUCAUGAAAGAAAAUCACAUAAGAGGCAUCAAAAAUUUCGAAGCAGAACAACCCUAUCAGCAUGCAGUCUACCAACAAGCACUAUGCCUCUCUGAUAUAGUCUGGACCAGAAAGCAGCUUCUCCACGCAGCAGAACAGAUGACAGUGGAGCAGUUAGACGACUUUGCGGCGCGGCUGAUGAGGAAAGUCCACGUGGAAGGGUUCAUGUUUGGCAACUUGACCCGCGAGAGGGCGUUGAAAAUUGCCAACAAUUUAGAAAACAAAUUACCCAAAGAUGCAACUCCAUUGCUAGCACAACAAUUACUACUGCACAGAGAGAUUGAGUUAGGGAAAGGUACAACAUUUCUUCGAGAGACAGAAAACUCCGUACACAAGUCAUCAUGCACGUCUCUGUACUAUGCAUGCGGUCUUCGGGAUACCAGGCAGAAUGUAGCAUUGGAGCUGCUGGCGCAGACACUGUCGGAGCCCUGCUUCAGUAUUCUCAGGACUAAGGAACAACUUGGCUAUAUUGUGUUCAGCGGCGUUCGUCGCUCCAACGGAGUUCAGGGGCUACGAGUCAUAGUACAAAGUGAUCGACACCCGGCCUACCUCGAGCGAAGAAUCGACGCCUUCCUAGCUGGCUCACAGUCGUACCUAAUAGACAUGACGGAGGAAGAGUUCCUGAAGCACCGCACCGCACUCGCUGCGCAGAAGUUGGAGAAGCCGAAGCGGAUGUCCUCGCGCGCUUCGCAACUGUGGGGCGAGAUCACGGCACAGGUUUACAACUUCGACCGUCCCAGAGUUGAAGUGGAGCAGCUGAACACCAUAACCAAAGAGGAGUUGAUAGAAUUCUAUAAGAAAUACAUCAGUGAAGAUUCACUGGAGAGACAGAAGUUGUCUGUUUACGUGGUGUCGACAGCUGAGGGCGGAGCUGGAACUGCUACCCAGAAUGGAGACGUGGAGGAUGACCAGACCACCCGCAAGGAACCAAUCAAAAUAACGGAUCUUGUGGAGUUCAAGUCGAGAAGACGUUUAUAUCCCCACGCGGCGCCGUUUACAAAUAUACCAAGAAAAGGAGCACAAUGUAAACUAUAAUGUUUAUAUA